AUGUAUAUUUUAAAGUUAGGAUCAAGAUUUUCGUCUUAGAAAUCAUAUGAUUAUUUAUAUGGCAUCAAUCCUGUUAUGUCUGCAUUAUAUGCCAACAAAAGAUAGUUUACAUAGCUUUAUGUAAAUUAAACAUAAUAAAGUAUUCUACUAUCAUAAAUUUAGAGAUGAUUAUAUCAAUCCAAGAAUCUCAAAUAUCCUUAAUAGAGCAUAAUCAUUAAAAUUAGAUGUGUAAAUGAUUCCAAAAGUAUUUAAUAAAAUCUAUUAAGUUUAGAAUAAAUUAGAAAGAUAUUGCAGCAAUGACCACCAUUAAAAUGUUAUUUUGAAAUGUUCAAAAUUAAAUUAUUGUAAUCAAUUAUCUGAUGAAUCCAAUUUUGUUUUAUUGGAUUCAGUUUAAGAUCCUUAAAAUUUUGGAGCAAUUUUGAGAGUUUGUUUCUUUUUAGGAAUUAACACUGUUAUUGUUGAAAAGAAAGGUUAGUGCCCAUUAUCUCCUACAGUAAGCAAAACAAGUGCAGGUGCUCUUGAAUUGAUGAAUAUCUUUGAAACUGAUAAUUUGGCCACUUUUGUAAAACAAAGGAAACAUGAAUUUUAGGUUAUAGGAAGUGGUUUUGAAAGCAAUAGUGUAUAAAAUUGA